AGACAGGUUGGUGUAGGUGCACAAAUAUUUUAUCAACAAAAUAACAUAAUUAUACCAUGGUUAACGUUACCUUUACUCAACUAUGAUUAUUAUUGUACCUAUUUGACUUGUAUCUAUACUGACCAAAUGCUGCAAAUCCGGCCACCGGAGACGAUGAAGCCGUUACUCAAUAUCUCAUUCUUCCUCCUCCUACUCAUCUGCGCCAUUGACUGCAAGUAUAUGGUGUAUGACACUUCUCAAACAAUACAACCUAACAAACUCAAUGUUCAUCUCGUACCUCACUCUCAUGAUGACGUAGGCUGGCUCAAAACCGUCGAUCAGUACUACACCGGUGCUAAUAACUCAAUUCGAGGUGCCUGUGUUCAAAACGUCUUGGAUUCCGUCAUUUCCGCUUUGCUCGAUGACAAAAAUCGCAAGUUCAUCUACGUUGAAAUCGCGUUUUUUCAGCGAUGGUGGAAUCAGCAGAGUGAGAUACUUAAGGAUAAGGUCAAGGAGCUUGUUAAUAACGGUCAACUUGAAUUUAUAAAUGGGGGAAUGUGUAUGCACGAUGAGGCCACACCGCAUUACGUAGACUUGAUCGAUCAGACGACUUUGGGACACAUGUUUAUAAAUAAGGAGUUUGGUCAAAAGCCGAGAGUUGGUUGGCAGAUCGAUCCGUUCGGUCACUCUGCAGUUCAAGCUUACUUGCUAGGAGCUGAGGUGGGGUUUGACUCACUGUUCUUUGCUCGAAUGGAUUAUCAAGAUAGGGAAAAGAGGAAAAUUGAAAAGACUCUUGAGGUUGUAUGGCGGGGUUCCAAGUCUCUUGGUUCGUCUUCACAGUUGUUUACCGGUAUAUUUCCCAGACAUUAUGAUCCCCCGGAUGGUUUCACAUUUGAGAUAAAUGAUGUAUCUCCACCUAUUCAGGACGAUCAUCUCCUUUUUGACUACAAUGUUCAAGAACGGGUCAAUGAUUUUGUAGCCGCUGCCAUUGCUCAAGCUAAUGUAACAAGGACAAACCAUAUAAUGUGGGCAAUGGGAACCGACUUUCGCUAUCAAUAUGCAGUUUCAUGGUUCAGGCAGAUAGACAAAUUUAUACAUUACGUUAACCUGGAUGGGCGUGUGAAUGCACUAUAUUCUACCCCAUCGAUUUACACAGAUGCAAAAUAUGUAGCUAAUGAAACAUGGCCUCUGAAAACCGAUGACUUCUUCCCAUAUGCCGAUAAAGCAAACACCUAUUGGACUGGAUACUUUACUAGCAGGCCAAAUUUUAAAGGUUAUGUCAGGACAAACAGUGGUUACUAUACGGCAGCAAGGCAGUUAGAAUUCUACAAAGGCAGGAACAGUUCCGGACCAAAUACAGAUGCGCUAGCCGAUGCUCUUGCAAUCGCUCAACAUCACGAUGCAGUUAGCGGUACACAAAGGCAACACGUGGCUUCUGAUUAUGCAUUGCGUAUCUCAAAGGGCUAUGCAGAAGCUGAGGAAGUCGUUGCUUCUUCGUUGGCGUCUUUAACAGCAUUAAAAUCCGUUGGCACGUUUCAGCAGUGUCCUCUCCUUAACAUAACUUAUUGUCCUCCAUCAGAAGCUGUUCUCGGUGAUGGAAAGAGUUUGGUGGUGGUUGUCUACAACCCUAUAGGAUGGAAGAGAGAAGAAGUUGUCCGAUUUCCAGUUACUUCGCGUGAAAUAAUGGUCCGGGAUUCAGACGGAAAAGAAAUUGAAUCACAGCUUACUCCCAUACACAGCCCCCCAUUGGACAAUAGGUAUUACCAUGUUCAAGCAUAUACCGGUAAAACUCCAAGUACUACACCGCAUUAUUGGCUUGCGUUUACGGCAUCUGUACCACCUCUCGGUUUCAGCACCUACAUUGUCUCAACUGCCAAAGACACAGAUACAAGUGCAACAGUGGCAACCGUGUGGAAUUUUACUUCAGAUACUGGUGAUAGAAUUGCAGUUAUUGGUAGUGGGAAUUUAAAGCUGCAUUUUGAUACAGAGGAGGAAAAGCUUACACGUUAUAUCAAUAACAGAACCAUGGUUGAAGAAUCCUUUGAAUACUCAUACAGCUACUAUGCCGGGCACAAUAGCACAAAUCAGGCCUCUGGAGCGUACAUCUUCCGUCCUAAUGGCAAGUUUCCAAUAAAACCUGCAGGACAGAAAGCUUUUAGAGUUAUAAAGGGUCCACUAUUGCAUGAGCUGCAUCAAGAGACCAAGCCGUGGAUACAUCAGCUCACUCGUGUAUACAAAGAUAAGGAGCAUGCUGAAAUGGAGUUUAUGCUUGGACCUAUACCUAUAGAUGAUGGUGUUGGGAAAGAAUUAAUUACUCAGAUCACAACUAGCUUAAAGACAAACAAGACAUUCUAUACCGAUUCUAACGGGAGAGACUUCAUCAAAAGGCUUCUCGAUUACAGAACUGACUGGGAUCUGGAAGUUAAUGAGCCAGUUGCUGGAAAUUACUACCCAAUAAACCUUGGAGCUUAUGUUGAGGACGGAAGUACGGAACUUUCGGUGUUAGUAGAUCGUGCAGUAGGUGGCUCGAGUUUAGUAGAUGGUCAAAUAGAACUAAUGCUCCAUAGGAGGCUAUUAUUCGAUGAUGCCAAAGGUGUUGGUGAGGUGCUAAACGAGACAAUAUGUGUCGUCGAUGAUUGCAGGGGCUUGAUUCUCACAGGCAAGUAUUAUGUUAGAAUCGAUCCCAAGGGAGAUGGAGCCAAGUGGCGUCGCACACUUGGUCAAGAAAUUUAUUCUCCACUCCUUCUAGCAUUUGCAGAACAGGAAGGAAAUGAUUGGACAAGUUCUCAUGCAUCAUCCUUCUCGAUGAUUGAUGCAUCCUAUAGCUUGCCUAACAACACAGCAAUUAUAACUCUACAGGAGCUUGAAAGUGGAACAGUACUCCUUCGUCUGGCUCAUCUUUACGAGGUGGGGGAGGACAAAGAUUAUUCUGUAAUGGCAAGUGUGGAGCUGAAGAAGUUAUUCCCAAAUAGAAAGAUAAGCAAAGUGACGGAAAUGAAUCUAUCUGGUAAUCAAGAAAGAGAUGAGAUGGAGAAGAAGAGGUUAAACUGGAAAACGCAAGAUUCAUCAGAAGCCAAGAUUGUGAGGGGAGGUGGUGUUGAUCCUGAAAAGCUAGUAGUGGAACUUGGGCCGAUGGAAAUCCGGACGUUCUUUGUCGACUUUGAUUAUCUAAAGAUGUUUGCUUCUGAAUGAUGACCACAAUGUGGUCAUGUGAGGUGUAUUUGACCACGUUCUUUUUAUCGUUCAUCCUUUUGGUUGAUAGUCGUCUUGUGCUCGAAAAUGAGUCCGAGUUUGGUGUCAUCAAGGAAUUAAUAAAACAAAUUCACUUUGCAACAAUGGAAAGGGAAACCAAUUCGCUUUCUUUUAAGGCCAAA